AUGAAUUCCACAUCGUUUGGUGGCGAGAACUCGGGGACUCAGGUGGGGACCAACCAUGGUCCGAUAACUCAAAACUAUUUCUCAUCUGGCCGACGAGAGACCCCAGAGCAGAAUAUAGACAAUGAAGUACUUGAGUCACUAGCAUUCCCGCAGAUGCUAGAUAGGAGAGAUAAUAUCGAGCCAUGCCACGCGAAUACCUGCAAGUGGAUUUUAGAGCUGGAACAGUACCAGUCUUGGAGGAGCCAGUCCCAUGGUCUGCUCUGGGUUAAGGGCAAGCCAGGUUCAGGAAAGUCCACCUUGAUGUUAUUCCUACACGACAAGCUCCAAAUAUCACAGGAUGAGAGUUCAGGUAUCCGCCUGGACUUUUUCUUCACCGCCCGGGGUACAGAGAUGCAACGUACACCGCUAGGGAUGCUGAGAUCAUUACUAAACCAGAUUUUCGACCGUGACCCGACAGUGUGUCCUCAGAUACGUGAGAUAUACAACCGGCGAUGUAAGCAGUUCGGGUAUAGCAAACGUCAGUGGCAAUGGCCACAAGUGAUGCUAGAGGAGUUACUAGCAAGUGCCAUUCUGGCAUCAGCCAGCCAACAGCACGUGGUCGUUUUUGUGGAUGCUCUAGAUAAGGCUGGGGCUACGUCUGCUCAGCAGCUGGCAGGAUAUUUCCAUCGGCUCGUCGAUCGUGCUGAGAAAAAGAAGCUAUACAUCCAAGUUUGUAUCUCAUGUCGACACUAUCCUAUCAUGGAAAGUGGACAGGCUAUAGAGAUAAAGGUCGAAGAUCAUAAUCAGCAAGACAUUAACACAUAUAUCCAGGAUUCCCUUAUACAGACGGAGGCCAAAGUCAACACUAGUCAGAAGAUGAGGGAAAUGCUGGUCGAGCAAUUAACCCGGCAGGCAAAUGGAUUCUUCCAAUGGAUUCAUAUUAUACUCCCCCUCAUCGAGCAGAAGGUUCGUAAAAGGGAAUCGUUCAACGAUAUCUGUUCCUGGCUACGUGAGGUCCCGGCUGGCCUGGAAGAUGUUUACGUGUAUAUUCUGAAUAAUGUGAUAGAUAAGAGGAACCGGGAGCAGUCAUUUCUAUUCUUUCAAUGGGUAUGUCUGGCUGAGCGACCGCUGACUGUGGCCGAGAUGCGGUAUGCUUUAGUGGCUAAAAAUGUGCGGGAAGCGCUGUCUCCAAAGAAGUGGGAAAGGAUCUCUGGAUUCAUCGAAAGCAACAAACAUAUGCUACAAAGAAUUAAGGCUCUUUCUGGCGGACUAGCUGAAGUAGUCUCGAGUGCAGAUAACAAUGAGACUGUACAGGUGGUACACCAGUCGGUCAAUGAUUUCUUGCGCACAAAAGGGCUUAAGGCUUUGUGUCAUGAUGUCGAUCUAAGCACAUCUUCUAUGAAUGAGAAGCAGAUUAUUUUUCGAUGCCAGGCAACUCUUUACCGAUCGUGUCUAGUGUAUCUUGCCAUAAGUCAUAAACCGGCAGAAACCAGUGGAUUCAAAGGAACCAGAGAGGACUUCAUCCAAAAACAUCCCUUACUUAAAUACGCCACUACGAAUCUCUUUAUUCAUGCGGAAAAGGCUGCCGACUCUCGACCUGGCAUAGUUCAGAAUGAGAAAGACAUCCUACAAAAAGUGCUCGGUCGUUGGGUCCAGAUGUACCAGAAACUAGAUAAGCAUAGCAGAGUAUGCCCGCCGAGAGGCACAACACUGUUAUAUAUGGCUGCUGCUGCUAAUCUAGUGGAUCUCAUAGAGCCUGUGGCGUUGGAUGUUAAGGAUGUCAUGAGAAGGAACAGAAAUGGAGAUACAGCGUUACACUUGGCAGCCCGAUGGGGUCAUGUCACAGCUGGCAAAAUACUCCGGACGAAGGGGGCAGACCAAGUGGCAAAAAACCACAGCGGCAAGACACCACUAUCUGAGGCAGCCAGUGGUGGAUAUUUAGAAUUUGUCGAAUGGCUCUUGAAAGAGGGCGUGGAUCUGGGAAUAAAGAGAGAUGGAAGUGCGCUACAAGUAGCUUCUUUGGGAGGCUAUCACAGUGUUAUGGAGAUAUUGCUUGAAGCUGGCGCCAAUGUGAAUGCUCAGGGUGGUAGAUAUGGCAAUGCUCUACAGGCCGCUGCAUGGAAUGGAAGCCCUGAGACAGUCCAGAUACUGCUCGAAGCUGGUGCCGAUGGUGGUCACUUUGGCAAUACUCUACAGGCCGCUGCAUGGAAUGGAAGCCUUGAGUCAAUUCAGAUACUGCUCGAAGCUGGCGCCGAUGUGAAUACCCAGGGUGGUGAAUACGGUAAUACUCUACAGGCCGCUGCAUGGAAUAGAAGCCUUGAGUCAAUUCAGAUACUGCUCGAAGCAGGUGCCGAUGUCAACGCCCAGGGUGGUAGAUAUAGAUCACCUCUCUUGGCAGCUACUCAUGAGGGUUAUGUUGAUAAAGUUCAAAUUCUUCUUCAUGCUGGAGCAGAUUCACUGCUUGCAGAUAAACUAGGCCGUACUCCUCUUCAUGUUGCAGCUUCAGAAAAUAGGCUCCACAUACUCCGUCGGUUUCCACAACUCGUGUCAGCUCUCAACAAGCGUAGUGAAUUCUUACAAACUCCUCUCUAUCUUGCGAUGGUUAUGGGAGACAUGUUAUGGACUGGGCAACCCAUCAUGAAGCUCUGCUACAAGAAAUACACAGUCACUGCCCUCACCUUGUGUUAA